CUCGCUUUUCGUACCCGCUUCUUUGUGCACCACACUUGACUCUUUUCUCUUCCCUGUCCACUCCUCACUAUCCCUCGAGGUUCGAAUACUGCUUCGAUCACCGGCCGUGGUACGCCAUUCAACACUCCCACACAUCCUCCCAAGAUCUGUGUCCCAUGGAAGACUUAUCGACCAUCACUGGGCGAAUCAUUCCCUCGCUCCUUGUCACGCAGUUGAAAGCGCUCAUCAAAAGUCUGAACGAAACUAUCCGCCCACCGCCCCAUCUCAAACUUAGUGGCAACAAACCGGAAUUGAUUACUCGGCUUGUGGGAUUCGUCACCCAAUACCAUCAGAUCGGCGAUCAGGUAGCGAUUCGGCAGAUCCGGCAGUGCGUGGCUGCAUACAGUAGCGGGGACGUAUCGACCAUCGCAACACCCUCAGUCCCGCUGCACCACCCACAUAAUAACAGCAGUAACAGUCCCAUUGCUACCACUCCCACCACCACCAGCCUAUACAACAGGAAUCCUCAGCCAUCAUCAUCAGCAUCAACACCAUCGAUGCUCACGUCAAGGGGGCCCGGACAGCCUACCUCGCACCAUGCCAGCUCGAGUGUUCAUAGGACUCAAUUCCCAGUGCACCAUUCUUCACAUCAAUAUCGCCCAGGCAUGAGUUCGCAUGGACCACCUCACCAGACUUUCAAACCGAGCCCAUUUUAUCAAGAUAUGAAGACGUUGUCCGAUUUGAAGCUGUGUUUGGAGGCGAAAGACCGGACGUUGUCAGUUCCCAUACCCUUCAAUGUCCCACCCAUGCUGGCCAUGCAAUUGAAGAAGGAUCCUCAAUAUCAACUGAUGGUUUUUUGUGCGUGGGCGGAUGGAAAUUCAGGCGGGCAGGUACUCAUGGAAUUUCCUCAUGUGUGUGAGAUCAAGGUCAACGGACGAGUUCUUGAAGCAAAUCUUCGUGGGAUGAAGAAUAAGCCGGGAACAGUAUCGCCGGCCAACAUCACAAGGCUGUGUCGACUGGAGUCGGGGGAUUACAAUAAGAUCGAAUUCAUGUAUGCAAACUCAACUAAGCGAUACUAUGCGUCCGUACAUCUUGUCAAGAAGUUUUCUGUGGAGCUGAUAGUAGCAGAAGUUGAGCGCGGAAAAUUUUUGAGCAAAGAAAAGAUGCUGCAAAUGAUCGAGGACCGGAACAAGGACGAAGACAUCAUGGCUACAUCCAGCACUCUCUCACUCAAAUGCCCACUCGGGUUUCAGCGCAUCAAUAUUCCUUGCCGUUCACAAUACUGCCAUCAUCUGCAAUGUUUUGAUGCCUUUACAUUUUUCAACCUGAAUGAGCAGACGCCGACGUGGACCUGUCCGGUGUGCAGUCGAGUCAUGCUUUCUUGGGAGGAGAUUGUUGUUGACGGGUACUUCAAGGAUAUUCUUAGUUCGACACCAAAAUCACUGGAGAGCAUCACAGUGCAGGCAGAUGGCUCAUGGGAGAUACCAUCGUCAUCAACACAAACGGAGGCUGCACCAUCUCCAAAAAAGAAAUUAUCGGCACCUUCGGGUGACAGUGUAUUUGUGAUCGACGAGGAUGAUUCAGACGACGAGGAAGAGGAAGCAGUAGCAGCACCUACGCCAGUGCCGAGCAAACCAGCUGUCGUUGUUAUCGAUCUGAUUUCGGACAGUGAAGACGAGGAAGAGGAUACAACACCAGCAAGUCAGGUCGAUGCAGGCGGAGACGCCGUGAUGGAGGAUGCUGCCACAUCAUUACAGAACAUGGCACAGUCAGGAUCAGGGAGGCUCCCUUCUGUGAAGACAGAAAUGCUUGACAAACCCACGCCCACAGAAUCUGCAAUUGUACCGCCACCUGUGGAGAUACACAGCAUCUCUGGGUCUAACAGCGCGUCUCCAGCAUCGGCAUCAUCAUCAGGGGCAUCGCCACUCCUUUUAGCGCGAAUGGUACAACCAGAAUCCAUCCAAACAGGCCUUAUUUCGCCAACAUCUAGGAUGGCUGGUGGCUGGGAAACCAACGAGGAUUCGUUCAUGAAUGUGCUUUUGAAUCCAAGGCGGAAGCGGCAGUUUGACGAUGCUGGAGAUAGCGAUAGCCCGAAUAGCAUGGCGUACGAGACAAGGCAGCGGAUAGCAAGGUUGGACAUCCGCUCCUCCAACGUAAGUACAGACGGAUCAGCGUCGACAGUGAACUCACCGGAUGUCAUCGGACGAUCAACGUCAUCACCAACACCUGUCCCUACGCUCCACGACUAUGAUCGAAGAGGAGUCAGUGAGCAUCAAGCCGAAGUGGACGGAAUGAACAAUAGGGCGCGUCGAGAAUACAUGCCAAACCGACCUAUUCAGUCGCCUUUUCUGGAGAACGGAGGCCAUACCGUCAGCGGGCCCGCCUCGACUGUUGGACAGAAGGCCUUUGUUUCUCAUCAUUCUCCUCAACACCAUCAGAGCCAUCAUCGCAGUUCGCGAAGCGUGACUAUGUCGCCACCGCUUCAAUAUGGAUACAGCGGUGCGUCACCACGUCACCAUCAACACCAUCAUUCAGCCCACCGGUCCUCGGACUCUCCCGGAAUAGACUAUUAUACGAGUGUUUCUCGACCCUCAUCAAGUGCCUCCAUGGCCCCGAAUACAAGCAUGAGCUCGCGCUCCAACUCGCUGGUAACAGACCGGCCAUUGUCAGGGGUGCCAUCUGCACCUCUAUCAGGCGGCUCCUCAUCGGCAUGGAGUUCCGCGGACGGAUACACAAACGGAAACCAGGAUCGUGUCAAUCGAUGGAGUGCCGAGCUGAGGCCGAACACGUACGGGGCCAAUACUCAUAUGAGCUUUUACGAAAGUUCACGGCGGAUUAGCGGGGAGGAGGCACGAGCCAGUACGAUGUCGAAUCCAUCCUCGCCCGAGCAUCGUGCUACCACUUCCAAGUACUCUUCGCCGCAUUACUCGCAUCCCUCCGUCUCUCAAUCACCAAACCACCAGCGUCACCACUCGAACGACGAUGUGGCGAUACACAGACGAUACCAGGACCAGAAUAACGGGGCUUGGGACCACAGCCGCAAUGGCCGCGAACAAGUUGACGAGUAUGACGGAUAUGGAUCACAUCAACAUGUUCUUAAUUCGAACCAACACGGUCCUAGCGGCAACGGUGACCAGAUCACCUUUUCGCCGAGUCCGCGGAGUGACGAGGCGCCGAUUUUUUUGCAUGGUCUUCGUGGAGCGCGAGCGCGUUGAAUGAUGACGGUGGCCGACCUUGUAGUCGUGCUCACUUGCCUUGUUCUGUUGGCAUUUUUUUUCCCUUUAUUUUCUAUGACUUGUAAAGUAGAGAGAGGGGUACGACUACAUAAUAAAAUGCACGCUGCCAACGCUGUUCAAGCUGCCGUAGUCGCG